AUCGAUUCGAAGUAUCGAAAAUUUUAAAACAAUUUUUUCAAAUAAUUUCGAGUGGAUUUCGAUUGAAAUUUUUUUCACGUAAAUUCCCCCAAUUUUCUAAAUAGUUUCUCGGUACCAUACAGAUGUAUAAGAACUUGCUGGCACAUGGUUAAACGUCGAGUUUAUCGUUCUAAUUAUCAAGUGCGGUGUUAUAAACGAGCGCAAAUACCUUGUACAAAUUUUGGGCGGUCAAUUUGAUGAAUAAUUUUUCGCAGCUGGGCAGUUCUGUUGUCGAGAUGAAUUUGCAAGAAUUAAAAUCAAACUGAUAAUCAAAAAUUUAGUGGACUAUCGUGAAUUUCAAGCAUUCGCUGUGAGUCGAUGAAAUGAUAAAGAUUUAUAGAUUGGACUACGAUAAAUAUCUUCACAUACUUAACGAAUAUCACAAAUGGAUUACCGGAAAUUUUCGUGGACUUGGUUAAAAAUAUGUGACUCGUACGUAUUUGAUAAUAGGUAAUUCAUGACCACAAUUUCGUCGAUCCAAAUCAGAAACAAGAACGACAGAAAUGAAACCACCCAUAAUCACGCUGGUGCUCCUUCUGAUCCUCAAAGUCAUCGAAACCACUGCAGAAAAUUUCGAAUACGAUGCGAAAUUCAUCACCAGCAAAUACUUCAUAGACAAAACAGACCUGCUGACCGAACUUUUUCUGAAGGGAGGUCUACCCUAUCGUUACAUCAUGUGCCCUCACGGUUUCGGUAAAUCGACGAAUUUAGCCAUGGUUCGAAAAUUCAGUCAAAUUGAGCUGGAUCAAAACUACCAUCCCAUACACUGGAGAAGGUCAUCAGCUUACAGCUUAUUCAAACACUUGAAAAUUGGAAUGGAUGAUUACAUCGUGAGCAGUCAUUUGGCUCGCUACCCGGUCAUAUUCAUCAACAUGAGUUCAGCCCGUAUCGACGAAAUGAUAAACGAGAAUAUAAUCUCGAUGAUGAACGAAGUCAUAAAUCAGCCUUACAAAGAUUACGAAUGGCUGCUGGAUUUCCACGAAAAAAAUCGAUCAUUUUCCAGACUCAACCAGACUGAUAUUGAAUUCAUGCGGAAAGCGUUGAACAAACAUUUGGCACCAUCCGAAGUAAUGGAAAGUUUAAACGUGUUGUCUAGAAUUUUAUACAAUCAUUUCGACAAAGAAGUCAUAGUAUUGAUCGACGAUCUAGAUAAAAUCCUCAUGAAUGCGUUCAUCAACUCGCAGAGAGAAGUAACAGCGAAUAAAUAUUUCGUUAAAUUGAUUUCCUUAACCAUAGAUGGGAUUUUCGAAUACGAGAGGAAUAAAUACGUAGGAUAUGGACUUCUGGCAGGUGUAAGUGGUCUACUAUUCAGUAUCAGCGAUGCCAGUAUACAAGAAGUACUCGUUUAUACUCAUAGAUUUCUAGAAGAGAGUAAAUUCGCACCGUUUUUCGGAUUCACUCAGAAAGAGGUGGAAAAACUGUGCAAGAGGUAUCAUUGCAAUAAAACAAUGAUCACCGUUUUACAAAACCAUUUCAAUGGUUAUAAGACUAAUUUCAAACGUCACAACUUAUACCAUCCCAGCUCAAUCGUCAAGUAUUUUCAGUCUGUCAACAACUCAGCACAAUUUCCAGCACCAAAAACGUAUUGGCAAAUUCAAGAACACGAGACUUUUAUCGGUAGAUUCUUAGGCAUACCUCCAUAUUUGGAAAAAAUCUCUCAAUUAUUUUUAGGUAAUCCGGUUACUUUUCAUUUCAAACGCUUUCAUCAUUUUUCAUUUGUUUUUGAUUUACUAAAAAUCAACUAUCCAAAGAUCCACACCGAUCACGUAGAUACCUUGAUGACUUUUUUAUUCGAACAAGGCUUGCUGACAUGUUUAACUUAUCAGGAACACGAAGCCAAGUAUAUUUUACCAAAUGAGCAAGUCAAAGAGAUUUUCUUCAACCAGUUGUUAGAUUUUUACGAUAAAAAAGGUAUCAGAAUCGAAACCAUCGCAGAAUGUUUUUCAGAAGUGCUUCAAAUAACCCAAAAUCCAGAUGCUGUUACAUCAAUGGCGCAAAAAAUACAAGAUAUUUUGGCCGAACCUUUUGAAAAUAUACAGUUGGUCGAAGCGAGCGAAUAUUCUUACUGCGAGGAGCCCGCCGAAGUCAUGUUUCAAGCGGUUAUUUACGCAUCUUUGCUGAAAAAUGGCACUUUUAAUGUAUCUGCAGAGAUACUAGAUUCAUUGACGGACGGUACCCAUAUUAUUUUCAAUGUUGAAAACAAGCUGGGUAUAAUCUUAUUGAAAUAUCAAUCUGAAAACAUCGAAAUACCUAUAGAAAGAGCCAUAGAUGUGUACAAAAGGAAGAAUGGUAUCGAUGCCAUGGUCCUAAUUGCCAUCAAUAUCGUACAAAAUGGCGUCGAGUUGACUAUAGAUUGCAGAAAUCAGCUGGAAAUCAUGAAAUACAUUAACUCGACAGAAUCAUCGAUGAAAUCUUAACUUAGGGUAGCAAUCAGUUAUGAAUUGCCUCAAGACAAGAAUCCAUUCGAACAAUUUUUUAUAAUUUUAUAAAAAUUAUUAAAAUAAAAAUCAGAAUUCCCAUCAAGACGACGUUUCAUUUAACUCGAAUCAAUCACACUUUUUCUGUCAUCGCAAUCAAACAAACAAGGUUUUCAUCGUAAAAUGUAAAAUAGGUAUUCAGACACGAGAAAUCUGCUGAAAAAACGCACCAGAUUGUAGACACGUUUU